AUGGUGUUCAAGUGCCUCCGAGUGGGUAAAGUGAUCGGCAGAAGGUCACCUGAACGACCUUUUUCAGAGGGUUCUGAGAGUCGCGUAUUGACGACUGGUUCCACUCGCUCCUGGUUACUUUGGCCAAAUGGUCGUGCAAAAACAUCAACUUAUCUCAGAAAGCAGGACUGUGCUAUGACCCUGUUGCCAUGGUGGGCGUUCGCCAGGCAGACGAGACGUCUCGUACCAAUCACACUCGACUCAGACGAGGCUUAG